AAAGGGACAGAUGAUCAGCAGAACCAGGACUCGAAGCAAACCACCGCUGGAAAUAAGAUGGUGUUAGGCUCUCAGAAGAAAUCAGAGGUGGAGAGCAAAGGCUCCAGUGUGGACCCACAGGUGAAGUGGGGAGAACAUGGAGGUCCAGCAGCAGCCUUCCCGUGGGGGAGGAGACCACUCCUCACCUACACCACAGAGCCCAGGCGUCAAGAAAGAGAAACAGAAAGACAACAAAAGCGACGACUCUGAAUCCAAGGGUCAGGAUGUUCCACCGCCAAAAAGGAUCCCUCCAGGGAAAAAACAGGUCUCUGCAAGUGAGAGACUCACAAUCUAUUUCCACGCUGUCCUCUCAAAGGAUUUCAAGCUGAACCCGGACGAGGACCGCAUCUUCAUCAGGGCUGGGGGGAACAUUGGGAACUGGGAUACCGAUACCGUUGAGCUCACUGUGUCUAAGGAUCUUGGAGAGCAUGGGUUCCUAGUCGAAGGGAGCUUGAUCACAAGCAAAUCUAAUGCAACCGUGUCCAUACCAUACAAGUACCUCGUCUACAAGCUUAAAAAGCAAAAGUACGAGUWUGAGUACAUAUACAAACUGGAUUCUACCUACCCCACCACCAACAGAUGUCUUUUUGUCAAAUCCCAUCUGCUUAAUGAAGAAGGGGACUGGCAUCAGUAUGAUGACAUCAUCUGUGUGGCGCCAUCCAAGAACGUGCUCAAGCGGCUAAAAGACGCUUUUUGGUCGGAUCAAAGGAAAAGUGUCAUCGAAGGCCGAGAAAUCGCAGGGAAAGUUAUGCUGGAGAGUAUAUUUGACCUCCUCAGGAGCUGGACUGACAUUAACUUCAAGAGUUUCCUCAAUCAGCUGAAUCAGUUUUACCAGAUCUAUGGGAACCCGUUUGUCUAUGAGGAGACACACAAGAAAUGGUACUCCUUAGACUACGACGAAAAAGAUGUCAGGAAGCUGCUGAAGCAGUUCAUGRUGGAUAACGUUGUUCCUCAGCUGCAGAAGGAGGGUGAGGGGAAAAGCUGCUUCAUCCAGGACCCCAUGAGGGCAGCUGUGGUCAUGCUGUACGUGUGGAAGCAGUUCGGCGUCAGGCUGGACCACGGAGAGUCCACCCGGCUCUGCACCGCCCUGUGCUUGCCCAAGCUGCCCAAAGACUCCUUCCUGCAGUACUGGACCGACUUCGCCCAAGCCGUCUCCGGUCUCAAAAACUUGCCAGACAUGUUGGUGGCUCUGAUCAACAGUGUGAAGACUGAAGGGCCCCGGUGGAUUUUGGUGCUCCCCCUGCUCCACCUCCUCAAGGGAUCCUCCAAACCGUUCACACCCAUAUCUACCACUGUCACCACCAAGUACGAGCAGUCCUGGGCGGGCCUCCAAGGCCUCAAAGCAGACAUGACACUCAACAGCCAGGACAGGAGAGCGAUGUUGAAUCUCAUGAAAAACAAUGGCCAUCUGGUUGAGAUGGACAGACUAGUGUCUCGGUCCUGGAUGUGUCUGCUGCCCAUAGAGGACCUGAUGGAAUGCAGCGUCCUCAUCAACGUGGAACUGCUGGACCUGCUCCAUGUCUUCACUCUGAGGGCCCCUCAAGAUGUCACCUAUAGCAACAAGCAGUAUGUGUCAGACACUCUCUCACAUAUUCAAAGCAGUCUCAUCGAGGAGAAAUACAGUUGUUUUAGUGAGGCGUAUGGCAGAGAAUGCUUGGCAACAGCAGUGAAACUUUUUGAGAAGAUCUGCAAAGGAGUCCGGUCCACUUCAACCUACACUCAGAACUUCACAGACAUCCCUGUGGCAUGCAUGAACAUGGUUGUCUCUGUAUCUGAGUUUGCCCGGGCCUUUGAGUCACAGGCAACUAAGGACGUGGAAAGAGAGCAUAUGCAUGCCAAGGAGCUGGAGCUGUUAUCCGAGGCGAUGGUGAUCGUCAGAUCCUGGAUCGGCAAAACCUUCAGAGACCGGUUGCUGGCCAGGGGUAUGACCACCUUGUACCUCAGUGUCAAUGUCACCACAGAGAUAGAGAUGUGGAACAACAUAAUCUCUCUCAAGUUCGCCAAUGACGAUUUCACAAAAGAAUGGAGACAAACGUUCACUAGGGACUUGGAAGGCAAACUCAAACAGGAGUCUCCUCUGGAUCAGAUAGAGAUCUACUGUUCCAAGAUUGAGGUCCUGAAUGAAUCUCACCCUCACGUAGCCAAGAGUAUCGAGAAAUGUGCCCUGGAAGCUGUCACCUCACUGUGCCAGCACCUCCGACUGCACAUACGUCAUGCAAACCUACAAAUCAAAUCUCCUCCCUCUAGAAUUGGACAGAGGAGCCCUUUGCGCAGCGCAUGA